CAGUAGUUGAAUUGUCUGUCCUCCCUUUACCUCCUUUUCAUUAGUAGGUAAAGAUGGGUGCAGGACAAAUUGGAGGAAUUGCUACUAUGCUGGAGUUCGAUUUUGAAAAUGCUGCUGGUUUUGUUGGGAGGCCUGCCACAAAUCUAGAUGGACAAUACGUUGUGUAUUACUUUUCCCAAGCCAUGCUGUUCUGCGCGGGCGCACUGAUCGAGCCCCACAUGGUGCUGACGCCGGCCGUGUGCGUCUUCGGAGAAGAGUUCAUGUUCAAUGUCUUUGCCGGCUCGCACAGGUUCAAAGAGGGGCUCGGUACGAAAAGACAAGUUGAAAACAUUUGUAUGCAUAGAGCUUACAACCACACGGGGCGAUGGGACUACUGUCCGACGGACAACAUAGCUCUGCUCGUUUUGAACAGCCAGUUCGCGAUGCGACAUUACGAGCCGAAGACAGAGUACAUCAUCAACAGAGUGCGCUAUGGUGUCAGCUUGUACGAUUUGAUUGAGAAGAAUGUGGAACUCCAGUGCAGGUACUACGGCUGGGGCAGUCGGCGGAAUGGUUUUCUGCUACCUUUGCUAAUACAUAUGCAUAGGGUGGACGUCAAAGUAUUGAGUGAAAGUAUAUGUGAAGAAGUGUUUAAUACUGAUGGCAAAUAUCUAUGCUUGAGUCAACCAAAUUGUAUAAACGACAAGUUUGGAGCAUUGUGCCCGGAUGAUCUAGGCUCAGUGUUAGUAUGCGGAGGUUACAUCCAGGGCAUGAUGACCUCCGAACUCAUCGACCGUCCAUGCGGCGUGGGUUUUCUGGACGUUUCGAAGUACUUUAAAUUCCUGGUGUGUGCUGUUGACGACUCCCGCGACGCCAUUAAGGAACUGCCACCUGUGUCGGCAGUUGCAGUUAGCCUUCAGGAGCAGGUGCCAGAAGAACCGGAAGAGACCACGACAGCAGAGGACGUGGUACCAGAACACGUAGAAACUCGAAGAAGAGGAAAUGACUACUUAGAUUAUUAACUUGACAGAAGUUUGUUCUAAGGUACCUAUGACUACAUCUAGGUAUAAUAUCUGAAGGUGAGUUGAUUUUGUAUGUAGGCUUUUUAUUCAGAACAUUGUACUUUUUUUAAUAUGGAUCGUUAAGCUUAUUAAAUAGUUAAAAUGAAACAUAAUUAUGAUUUCAUUUCAAUUACAUACCUACUUAAUUUAAUAAAAUCCAGUCGUAAAAUGGACACCAUGCAGAAUAGUAAAAAAAUACCUACACCU